AUGUCUCAGCUCCUAAGAAGCAUUGUUGAAGUAAUUGACGUCUUCUACAAUUACUGUGGCCAGGAUGAGGAAUGUGACACCAUGUGCAAAAAGGAACUCAAGGAACUUUUGGAAAAAGAGAUGGGUCCACUUCUGAAGAAUCCCAACAAUCCUGAUACUGUGGAUGUCUUCAUGCAAAUCCUGGACCGGGACCAUGACAGAAGAGUAGACUUUACUGAGUAUCUACUGAUGGUAUUCAAGUUGACCAUGGCCUGCAACAAAUCCGUCGUCAAAGAAUACUGCCAUGCUUCAGGGUCAAAGCAGAAACACCAAGGUCACCAUCAUCAGGAGGCACAAAGUGAAACAGAGGAACAGGAAGAGUCAACAGGCCAAGAGUCAGACUCCAGUCAUUCAAGCUGGAGCUCAAGAGAGGGAUUUGGGUCAUCCAAAUCUGGGCAAUCACAUAGGAUCAGGGGCCAUAGGCAUGGGUCUAGCUCUACUGGGUGGGAAAGGAAUGAUUCCUCAUAUAAUUCAGGGCAUGGGGAAGGCUCAGGGAGGAGCUAUCAUAGAUCAAGAUCAAGCCACUCAGAGAGUAGUAGCCAAGAGAAAUAUGGAUCCAAAGCAAACAAGCAUGGGGGAAGGAGACAUAAGUUAAGUAUUAGCCCCUCCAGAAAAUCUGGAGGAGAAGAAUAUGAAUCUGGCACUGGUAACUCAGGUAGAUGGGAAAGACAUGGAUUCAGCAGCAGCCAGUCAGGGGAAUUUGAGGUACCAGAAGAGAGGUCUGAAAGAGCGAGGGACAGAGGACAAAGGCAUAGCUCCAGAUCACAUCAGUCCUCUAGCUAUGAAUGGUCUGAGUCUGGGUCAGGUCAACCACCUACCUAUGAACAACACCAGCCUGAAUCUGGUCAGUCCUCUAGCUAUGGACAACAUGGGUCUGGCUCCAGUGGUCAUUCAGAGAGUUGUGGAGGAUCAGGACAUCAUUCAAGUUCACAUCAGUCCUCCAGCUAUGGCCAUCAUGUGUCAGGCUCAGGUCAGUCCUCCAGCUAUGGACAACAUGGAACAGGCUCAGGUCAGUCCUCUAGCUAUGGCCAUCACGGGUCAGGCUCAGGUCAGGCCUCUAGCUAUGGACAGCAUGGGUCAGGCUCAGGUCAGUCCUCCAGCUAUGGCCAUCACGGGUCAGGCUCAGGUCAGGCCUCUAGCUAUGGACAGCAUGGGUCAGGCUCAGGUCAGUCCUCCAGCUAUGGCCAACAUGGGUCAGGCUCAGGUCAGUCUUCUGGCUAUGGACAACAUGGGUCAGAGUCACAUCAGUCCUCAAGCUAUGGCAGACAUAAGUCAAGCUCAGGUCAGUCCUCUAACUAUGGACAACAUGAGUCUGGCUCUAGUGGUCAUUCAGAGAGUUGUGGAGGAUCAGGACAUUACUCUGGUUCACAUCAGUCCUCUAGCUAUGGCCAUCAUGGGUCAGGCUCAGGUCAGUCCUCCAGCUAUGAACAACAUGGGUCAGGUUCAGGUCAGUCCUCUAGCUAUGGACAGCAUGGAUCAGGGUCAGGUCAGUCCUCUGGUUAUGGCCAACAUGGGUCAAGUUCAGGUCAGUCCUCUAGCUAUGGCCAACAUGGAUCUGGCUCAGGUCAGUCCUCUAGCUAUGGACAUGGGUCAGGCUCUGGUCAGUCCUCUAGCUAUGGACAACAUGAGUCUGGCUCUAGUCAGUCCUCCAGCUAUGAACAACAUGGGUCAGGUUCAGGUCAGUCCUCUAGCUAUGGACAGCAUGGAUCAGGGUCAGGUCAGUCCUCUGGUUAUGGCCAACAUGGGUCAAGUUCAGGUCAGUCCUCUAGCUAUGGCCAACAUGGAUCUGGCUCAGGUCAGUCCUCUAGCUAUGGACAUGGGUCAGGCUCUGGUCAGUCCUCUAGCUAUGGACAACAUGAGUCUGGCUCUAGUGGUCAAUCAGAGAGUUGUGGAGGAUCAGGACGUUACUCCAGUUCACAUCAAUCCUCUAGUUAUGGCCAAUAUGGGUCAGGCUCAGGUCAAUCCUCUAGCUAUGGCCAUCAUGGGUCAGGCUCAGGUCAGUCCUCUAGCUAUGGACAGCAUGGAUCAGGGUCAGGUCAGUCCUCCGGUUAUGGCCAACAUGGGUCAGGUUCAGGUCAGUCCUUCAGCCAUGGCCAACAUGGGUCAGGCUCAGGUCAGUCCUCCAGCCAUGGCCAACAUGGAUCUGGCUCAGGUCAGUCCUCCAGCUAUGGCCAUCAUGGGUCAGGCUCAGGUCAGUCCUCUAGCUAUGGCCAUCAUGCAUCAGGCUCAGGUCAGUCCUCCAGCUAUGGCCAACAUGGAUCUGGCUCAGGCCAGUCCUCUAGCCAUGGACAUGGGUCAGGCUCAGGUCAGUCCUCCAGCUAUGGACAACAUGGAACAGGCUCAGGUCAGUCCUCUAGCUAUGGACAACAUGGGUCUGGCUCCAGUGGUCAUUCAGAGAGUUGUGGAGGAUCAGGACAUCAUUCAAGUUCACAUCAGUCCUCCAGCUAUGGCCAACAUGCGUCAGGCUCACAUCAGUCCCCCAGCUAUGGACAACAUGGAUCAGGCUCAGGUGAGUCCUCUAGCUAUGGACAACAAGAGUCUGGCUCUAGUGGUCAAUCAGAGAAUUGUGGAGGAUCAGGACAUUACUCCAGUUCACAUCAAUCCUCUAGUUAUGGCCAAUAUGGGUCAGGCUCAGGUCAAUCCUCUAGCUAUGGCCAUCAUGGGUCAGGCUCAGGUCAGUCCUCUAGCUAUGGACAGCAUGGAUCAGGGUCAGGUCAGUCCUCCGGUUAUGGCCAACAUGGGUCAGGUUCAGGUCAGUCCUUCAGCCAUGGCCAACAUGGGUCAGGCUCAGGUCAGUCCUCCAGCCAUGGCCAACAUGGAUCUGGCUCUGGUCAGUCCUCUAGCUAUGGACAACAUGAGUCUGGCUCUAGUGGUCAAUCAGAGAGUUGUAGAGGAUCAGGACAUUACUCCAGUUCACAUCAGUCCUCUAGCUAUGGCCAUCAUGGGUCAGGCUCAGGUCAGUCCUCUAGCUAUGGCCAGCAUGGGUCAGGCUCAGGUCAGUCUUCCAGCCAUGGCCAACAUGGAUCUGGCUCAGGUCAGUACUCCAGCUAUGGCCAUCAUGGGUCAGGCUCAGGUCAGUCCUCUAGCUAUGGACAACAUGAGUCUGGCUCUAGUGGUCAAUCAGAGAGUUGUAGAGGAUCAGGACAUUACUCCAGUUCACAUCAGUCCUCUAGCUAUGGCCAUCAUGGGUCAGGGUUAGGUCAGUCCUCCAGCUAUGGCCAUCAUGGAUCUGGCUCAGGUCAGUCCUCCAGCUAUGGCCAACAUGGGUCAGGGUUAGGUCAGUCCUCCAGCUAUGGCCAACAUGGGUCAGGGUCAGGUCAGUCCUGCAGCUAUAGCCAACAUGGGUCAGGGUCAGGUCAGUCCUCCAGCUAUAGUCAUCAUGGGUCAGGCUCAGGCCAGUCCUCUAGCCAUGGACAUGGGUCAGACUCAGGUCAGUCCUCUAGCUGUGGAUCUGGCUCAGGUCAAUCCUCCAGCCAGACACGACACAGAUCUAGUUCAGGUAGUCAGUCAGGGAGGUUUGGACGACAAGGAAGUCGUUCAAGUUCACAUCGGUCUUCUAGCCAUGGACGACAUGCAUCUUGCUCUGGUCAGUCAUCUAGCUUUGGACAAUAUGGGUCUGGUUCAGGACAGUCAUCUAGUCACAGACGACAUGGAUCCAGCUCAAGUGGUCGGUCAGAGAGUUGUGGACGACAAAGACAUAGUUCAAGUUCACAUCAGUCCGCCAGCUACGGACAAUGUGGGUCUGGCUCGGGUCAGUCCUCUAGUUACGGACAACAUGGGUCCAGCUAUGGUCAGUCCUCUAGCUGUGGAUCUGGCUCAGGUGGUCCAUCAGUGACUUGUGGAGAACAAGGAUAUAGUUCAAGUUCAUAUCAGUCCUCCAGCUAUGGACAAUGUGGGUCUGGCUCAGCACAGCCCUCUAGCUAUGGGUCUGGGUCAGGCCAAUCAUCUUGCCAGAGCUCAGUCAGUCAGUCAGGAAACUGUGGAGACCAGCAAUACAAUUCAAAUUCACAGCAGUCUUCUAGUUAUGGACAAUGUGAGUCUGUAUGUGAUCAAUACUCUGACUAUCCACAAUAUAGGUGUCAGUCUUCUAGCUUUGGACCUCAUGGUUCAGGCUCAGCUCAGUCCUGUAACUCUGGAAGUCAUGGAUCCAGUGUGAGUGGACAAACAUGUAGUCCAGGAAGACAAAGGCUCAAUUCAAAUGGUAGCUGUGGGGAGUUUGGGAGACAAACAGUUGGUUCAACAUACACCCUGUGUGCAGACAGCAGCAAUGAGUUAUCAGGGGAUGGACAUAAUGAAAGUAAGGCAGUGUGCAGCCUCUCCAGCCAAGAUGUAGCUGGUUCUCAGAGAGCAGGAGGAAACUGUGGAAGGGUGAGAACACACUCAGGUUCCCAGUACCCUUGUAGCAUCACCCCUCUCUAUGAGUACUGCCAAGAGCAAAGAUUUUAUUACUACAAGUGA